AUGUCCUUGGUUCUGGGACUACUUUGGGCGUGGGAUUUAUACGAGAAAGUCCUUGUGUCGUACUUUUCUAAGAAGUACAAACCCGUCCCCUUACCUGAAGUACCCACAUACAGCCCCAGCGAUGUAAGCAUUGUGGUUCCGACAAUUGACACCGGGUCAUGUUUUACCGAGUGCAUGCGUCUAUGGCUCAGAAGCAACCCUUGCGAAAUCAUCAUUGUCACUGUUCCAAAAUGCAAAGCCCGCGUCGAGCAGUUAGUUGCGCCCGUGCUCACGGGCACGAUCACCAUCUUGACUGUACCCCUAGCAAAUAAACGACAACAGCUUAUGGCCGGGGCCAAGGCUGCUAGUGGCAGGAUCAUUGCUUUGGUUGAUGAUGAUGCCUACUGGCGCACCACCACUGUCAUGCCCUACCUCCUGGCUCCAUUUGAGAACCCUGAGAUUGGCUUGGUUGCAGGACUUCAAAGCCCUGAGAUCCCCUCUGAGCGCCAAGAUGCCAAUGUCAUUACAGUCUGGGAAGCUGCAGCAACUCUUGACAUGUACAGGAUGAAUCACGACCAGCCUGUACGCUUCGCAGCAGAUGAAGGCUGCUGGGUUUUGGUCGGACGAACUGUUUUUGUUCGUGCUGGUAUUAUCCAAGACCAGCACUUUGUAGAUGCUUUCACGCAUCAGGUUGUUAACAAUAAGAUCGUCAACGGAGCAGAUGACGUCUAUUUGACGGGGUGGGUACUGGAUCAUGAUUGGAAGAUCUGUGUACAGAACGCACCCGAGGCCGAAAUCACUACUGAAAUCAAGCGCGAUUGGAAGUUUGCUUUGCAAAAUCUUCGCUGGGAGAGAGGAAAUUUCCGUUCUUUUUCUACGCGCCUCUUUGUUAGCCCUGGCUUUUGGGUAUCAAGGCAAAAACAUCCAUACUUAACUCGAAAAUUACUCGAGAAACUCACCCGGCCUCUCUGGGCCUCUGUGUACGUUGCAGCUUGGCUCCGGACGCUUUUGACGACACCAUGGCUUGCAGCUGCCUUCAUGCUAUGGAUGGUCUUCGGAUGGGGUGGAUGGGUCUCGGGUUACGCAGCAUUUGUCAGACGAUACCCAUAUAUGGCGAGUAAAGUCUGGGCACUUUUUCUUAUGGAGAGUAUGGGGCCUAUCAUAGACGUAUACGCAUUUUUCACCAUGCACGACGAUAGCUGGUUGACUAGGAGAGCUGAUGACCAGUACGUCAUGGAUGCAGCGAAAAAGGUACUGCAAGGCGACGUUAGUGAGCUGGGUUGGACUGCUACACAGAGGGUUGGCAUCGAGUCCUGGCAGAGCAAACCCUAG